ACAAAACGAGUGAAGCUAAUGAAAAAUGUGGAGAUCCGUUCAGCAGCAUGAAUUAGCCGUUGAAAAAGAAAGUUCAGCAGCAUGAAUUAGCCGAACAUAUUGCUAGAUUCUAAACAAUGAUAGUUUCAGCUGCUUCUCGGUCUUACGAUUUUCCGGAAAUAGAUGGCGGAAAACCCGCUAAAUUUUGUUAAUUAUGGGACGAAUAAUCAAGCAUUGUGGCAACAGCACCCUGAAGCAAGUGCUUCGGUAACAGCUUUCAGUAACCAGAGCAUUCAAAAUUCAUCGUGGACGACAAAAAUGCUACCGUCAAACAACCCUAUGUCCAGUCAAGUUGGCAGCAGUGUAAAUGUGUUAUCAUACUUACAACAGCAUCCGAAUUCAUUUCCAGUCAAUGACAGCGUGCAGCCUUUGUUUCAUGAUUCGAGUGCAGAAGCAUUAACCUACAAUUACCCACCAUCAUGCAGUGUAACGCAUCAUCUAGUGAACAGUGUUCGGACUAACCCAGUUGGGCAGAGUGAUACCAGUUUUCAGCCUCAGAUGCUUCCUAAUUUUUCAACAACGCCAUUUUCGUCUACGAUUCUGCCACUGGACGCUCCUGCUCCGAUAUCAGCAGUCCCUCUACAAGCAUCUUCUUUUUCCUGCCUGCCUGACCAAGAUACCAAUCCGGAUUCAGUUGUUUCCUACGCGCAGUGUCUACCUCCAGUUUCUACUCAGCCACUCACCAGCGUAGCGUAUAGGAGUAAUGCACGAAAUGAAAGUGAUUUACUUCACAACUUUCCAAUUAUUAACAAACAUUCACAGUCGCAACUGUUGAACGAUCAUUACCAAAUGAAUGGGAAUUAUCCCGGUGGAAUGGGCAGUUUGCAACAGGAAUUUGCUAAAAUGAAUUAUGGGAUAAAGUCGAUCAGAUAUGUUGAUUUGAUGCAGGAAAGAGAUUUGAUGAAAUAUGGGACUGAAGACGAAGAGAUUGCUCUUCCACCAACUGUUUGCAAUCCUGAUGCUCGAUGCAAUCCUAGUAUAUUUCGUUGCACACUGAGCUCGGUACCUCAGACUCAAGAACUGUUAAAAAAAUCGCGUUUACCAUUUGGACUCACUUUGCAACCAUUUAGAGAUAUGAAGAAUUUGAACAUCAUUCAAACAUCAUCUAUUGUACGAUGUCGGUAUUGUCGUACUUACAUCAAUCCUUAUAUUUACCUGCCAGAUUCCCGUCACUGGAAGUGCAAUAUUUGCUAUCGCGUUAAUGAUUUACCUGAUGAUUUUAAUUGGGAUCCUGCUACAAAAUCAUUUGGUGAACCAACUCAUCGUCCAGAAAUUAAAAACUCAACCGUCGAAUUUAUUGCUCCCUCCGAAUAUAUGUUGCGUCCGCCUCAACCGGCAGUUUAUGUAUUUGUAAUGGAUAUCAGUCAAAAUGCGGUUGAGACAGGUUAUCUUUAUACUUUCACUGAACAGCUUUUGAUUACUUUGGAGCAACUACCUGGCGACGAUCGUACCAUGCUUGGUUUUAUCGGCGUAGAUUCGGCUGUCCACUUCUUCCAAUUUCGAGGAAAAGCACGUCCGCAGCAACUCGUAGUUGAAGAAUAUAGCGAUAUUUUUCUUCCAGUAAAUUGUGGAUUAUUGGUAAAUCUUCGCAAAAAUAUUGAUGUGAUACGUUUAUUUGUACAAAGUUUACCUGCUCUCUAUGAAUCGAAUUCCUCAACUUCAUGCUGUUUGGGUGCGGCAUUAACUGCUGCACAUAAACUUAUUGCUGAUAUCGGUGGGAGAAUCACCGUACUGUUGACAGUAAUUCCCGAUUUGGGGCCAGGAGCACUCAAAAGUCGAGAGGAUCCAAAUCAGCGAGCAGCCUCUGAAGUGUCAAACUUGUAUCCGGCGAAUGAUUAUUAUAAGCGUUUAGCUCUUGAAUGUACUGGGCAUCAAAUUGCUGUUGAUUUAUUUUUAAUGAAUAGUCAGUACUCUGAUUUGUCAACCUUAGCUGAUAUGUCGAAGUUUAGCACGGGAUGUAUCUUUCACUUCCCAAAUUAUCAUAUAAAUCAUGAUCAGGUACAAGUCAAGAGAUUCCAAAAGCAGUUAAAUCGAUAUUUGGUUCGAAAAAUUGGAUUCGAAGCGGUGUUAAGGAUCCGAUGUACAAAAGGCUUAUCUUUGCAUACAUUCUACGGGAAUUUUUUUGUCCGUUCGACAGAUCUUUUGGCUAUGGCCAAUAUAAAUCCGGAUUCUGCAAUUGCUGUACAAGUACAAAUGGAAGAGAACCUUAUUGGUAUUAAUACGGCAUGCUUCCAAGCUGCUGUUUUGUAUACAUCAAGUCGAGGUGAUAGACGAAUACGAAUUCAUACACUGUGUCUACCCGUGACGAAAGAUUUGUCCACUAUUUUCAGUCAGUUUGAUGUGAAAUGUGCAGUAUCUCUUCUCUCGAAAAUGGCGGUCGAGCGCACCUUUAUGGGUGUAAGUUUGACAGAUUCCCGUGAAGCAAUGGUGAACACUGUUGUUGAUGUAUUUGGUGCUUACAACUCUGCAGUUUCCCGUAUGAAUCGUGCCAGCUCUAUGUUAUCACCAGUUACUUCGAUACGUUUGUUGCCACUCUAUGUGUUGGGCAUGCUUAAACAUCGAGCAUUCACCGCAGGACAGUCUAUUAGAUUAGACAAUCGUGUGGCUGCUCUUCUCAUCUUUCGCAGUGCCCCCUUAGAAGUGAUCGAUUUAGAGCUGUAUCCCGCCUUGUAUGAACUCAAUCAUUUUGUUGAGAAUGAAGCUGAUCCGCCAAGAUUACAUCUCUCUUUCGAGCAUAUUAGUCGGGAUGGUGUAUAUUUACUGGAUACAGGCUCAUAUGUUUACAUAUACAUUUCAUCAAAUGUUGAAUCCAGCAUUAUAAAGCGUUUAUUUGAUGUGAAUACGUUCGAAAAAAUUGAUGAUGAUAAUACAUUUGAAGCUCUUGACAAUCCACUCAGUAAUAGGGUACACAGUUUUCUUCGUAAACUUUCUAUUUACCGAACUGUGUUUGCACCAGUGAUAUUAAUACGAGAGGAUAGUCCUGUACGCAGUUUAUUCUCCAGGCGUCUGAUUGAUGAUCGCACGGAAUCAUCUCACAGCUAUAUUGAAUUCUUGAGUUAUAUUCGACAAGAAAUGCGGAAGUAGUCAAAAUUAUGUUAUUUCUGCUUAUUUUUGAUUGAUUUUCAUUGUUUCUGUCAGGAUCAAAUUGGAUAUUUUGUUGCGCAUUAGUUUUGAAACAUGCAGUAAAUUCAUUGAUUAUGUUGUGCUGCUUGCUAAAUUUGAACUAAUUUUCCAUGUUUUGAAUGCCAAAAUGUUUAACUAGGAUUUUAAAGAAAUAUUGAAACAGGGCGAGUAAAAUAAAUAUAUGUUGAGGAGUGUUCACAACUUGUUGCGUUUGCUAAGGCUUUGUUUAGCCAUCAGAAAAUUUUAAGCUGUACGAUGUAUUUCAAAUUGGG